AAAAAAUGUAGCAUAUAAAUAGAGAAUCGCGUGCUCAGUUACCACAUUUGAUCUUGAUUUAGUGCAGUGUAAUUUGAUUUUGAUCCAUCAGCAGCUAAUCGUAGCUUACGAAAAUGGCUUCCGGAUAUUUGAUUGCUUCUAUUUUGGUCCUAGCCCUGUUUGAAUAUUGCAGCGCCGGUGGACAUGGAGGAGGGCACAAAAAAGUAAUCAUCCACAUACCGUACAAAGUCAAAACGAUUCACCACACCCACACAGUCUACAAACACGUCGGACAUGAGGGAGGAGGUGAAGUCAAGAAAGUCAUAGGCUACUCAGGAGAUGGCGAUGUCAGUUUGGGCGAAGGUCACGAGGUCCAAGGAGACGGAGGUGGCGAAAGCGCUGGAGGUGGUUUCACUGUUGGAGGUGACCACGGAUACUGGCACUCAGGAGGUCAUGGCGGAGGUGACGAAGUUGGUCAAUCCGAAGGUAUGAGUUUCGAAUCCAAAGGACACGAUUGGAGCGGCGGCGCAGGCGUAGAAAGUCAAGGAGGCGGUGAAGGCCUCGGAGCUUAUGGAAGCGGCGGUCACGAUAUGGGAGGUGGUGACUCUGGAAGUGCUAGCUCAGAAUAUGGUCAUGGUGGCUACGAAUUUGGAGGUUACUCUGGCGGUCAAGAUGCCGGAGGUUACUCUGGUGGUCACGAUGCUGGUGCGUCGUCUGGUGGUGGCUACGAUCUUGGCAGUUCUGACAGCUACGGAAACUCGAUUUCGGGCGAAAGCGGCGGACACGAUUUGGGCGGCUACGGAGGUUAUGGCGGAGGAGAUUUGGGAGGUCAUAAAGGCUACGAUUAGUUUAUUACAAGUCUCGUUUGUAAAACUUUGUUACCUGCAUUAUUUUCUGCAACUAGUCUGAUCUUUGUAUAGUUAGUUUUAAGUUAAUUUUAUUGUUGAUUUAAUUUUAUUUUGUUGACUUUUCUAACUUUUUUUAUAAAACGAUAAACUAA